AUGAAGGCACUCGUCUACAAAGGUAAUGGCCAAUGUGCCCUGGAAGACCGUGCGAUCCCGCAGAUCCAGGAACCUACAGAUGCCAUUGUGAAAGUGGUAUACACGACGAUUUGCGGGACAGACACCCACAUCCUGCAUGGCGACGUUCCGACGUGCACGCCAGGUCGAAUUCUUGGACAUGAAGGCGUUGGCAUCGUGCACGAAGCAGGGGCCGGGGUCUCGAGCUUCAAAAAAGGAGACCGCGUCCUAGUCAGUUGCAUCACCAGCUGUGCAACAUGCACAUACUGCCGACGAGCCAUGUACAGCCACUGCGUGAAGGGAGGCUGGAUUCUAGGCAACACCAUCGACGGCACUCAAGCCGAGUACGUUCGAAUCCCACUGGCCGACAGCGGACUGCAUGCGGUGCCCGCGGGAGUCGACGAAAAGGGGCUGGUGAUGCUCUCGGACAUUUUCCCCACGGGCCUCGAAUGCGGCGUGUUGAAUGGAAAGGUGCAGCCGGGGUCGACUGUCGCCAUAGUGGGCGCGGGACCGGUCGGGCUGGCGGCGCUGUUGACGGCCAAACUCUACUCGCCCAGUUUGAUCGUUGUCAUUGAUAAAGACAAUAACCGACUCAAGGUCGCGAAGAAGUUCGGGGCCGACCACACUAUCAACAGCGGGAACACACCACCCGAGGAAGCUGUCAUGAAACUCACUGACAACACCGGCUGUGAUGCCGUCAUCGAAGCUGUUGGCAUUGCUCCCACUCUGGAACUGGCUCAGGACCUGGUUGCGCCCGGCGGGACGAUUGCCAAUGUCGGCGUGCAUGGGAGCAGCUGCUCCUUGAAGAUUGAGAAGCUGUGGAAUGCAAAUAUCUCCUUGACCACCAGACUUGUGGAUGCAGUUACCACGCCGAUGUUGUUGAAGUUGUUUGCUGCGGGAAACAUUCGUCCUGGAGAUCUGAUUACUCAUGAAUUCAACUUUUCGGAGAUGGUGAAUGCGUACACGACGUUCAAGGCGGCGGCGGAGCAUGAGGCUUUGAAGAUGUUGAUUUCGGUGUGA